UUCAGUUGGUGCUAUGCUACUGAGUAAUAGCUAGAGAGAGAAAGAGAGAGAAUGAGUGGAGGAAAAGGAGGAGGAGGAGAAGGGAAGGUGGUGUGUGUGACGGGUGCUUCAGGUUACAUAGCAUCAUGGCUGGUGAAGCUCUUGCUUCUCCGGGGUUACACCGUCAAAGCUUCUGUUCGUAACCCAAAUGACCCAAAAAAGACUGAACACUUGCUUGCACUUGAUGGAGCUAAGGAGAGACUUCAUUUGUUUCAAGCAGACUUACUGGAAGAAGGAUCAUUUGAUCCAAUAGUAGAUGGAUGUGAAGGUGUUUUUCACACAGCAUCUCCUGUUCAUUUUUCAGUGAGUGACCCACAGGUAGAACUAAUUGAUCCUGCAUUGAAGGGAACAGGGGUGGUAACAGGAAAACCCCGAUGCGAAAAUGACGCACCAUUUCAGAUGGGCAACGUUGUAGUAAAUGAGAAGGCAAAAGGUUUGGGCAUUGAGUUCACUCCAUUAGAGGUGACCCUAAAGGAUACUGUUGAAAGCCUGAAGGAGAAGAACUUUGUUGCUCUUUGA